AGGCAGAACGAAGUCGAAUAAGAGGUGGGAAAGGUUUUGUAAGAGAAAGAAUGUCCCCGAGUUAAAAUGUGGAACUUUUGGCGGGCAUUUUGAAACUGCUAAGAACCAAUGAGAAAGGAAGAAGGAGAGGUGUGUCUAAAGAUAGAGCCAAUCGCAUGGAGGCGCUUGUAAUAAAUACGAGCAAUCGGCUGUUGAAUCGCAUUCGCGUUAGUGAAAAGCUUUCUGUUGACAUGGCUCGUACCAAGCAGACCGCCCGCAAAUCCACCGGCGGGAAGGCUCCCCGCAAGCAGUUGGCCACCAAGGCAGCCCGCAAGAGCGCCCCGGCCACUGGCGGAGUCAAGAAACCCCAUCGUUAUCGCCCAGGGACCGUGGCUCUCCGGGAAAUCCGCCGUUACCAGAAAUCCACCGAGCUGCUCAUCCGCAAACUGCCUUUCCAGCGUCUGGUCCGGGAGAUCGCCCAGGACUUCAAGACCGAUCUCCGCUUCCAGAGCUCAGCCGUCAUGGCUCUGCAGGAGGCCAGCGAGGCUUAUCUGGUGGGGCUCUUCGAGGACACCAACCUGUGCGCCAUCCACGCCAAGAGAGUCACCAUCAUGCCCAAGGACAUCCAGCUGGCCCGCAGGAUCCGAGGAGAGAGGGCUUAGAUCACUCCUCCCCGUCUCCAUCGCUCACUCCCUCACACAAAAGGCUCUUUUCAGAGCCACCAA